UGGGGUGAAAGGUGAACGCUUUCCAGCGUACCUUGUCUUCUUUGGCGCGAGUAGCAUUUUCCCGCGGAGCAGUGUGGGCUCUCUUCUUAAAAUUAACUGAUUAAGAGUCUGCAGGGGUGGCUGCAUAAUUUUUAUUCCAAGUUCGUUGCUAGUUAUGUCUGCAUAAGCACUUGUCUUCAAACAUGAUGGCUACUGUUUGCACAGUGGAGCCCAGCCUCCUACCACUUUUGGAGACAUUGGAAGAUUCCUCAGUCUCUCCAGCUGAACAGACAGAUGCCUGGCUGACGAUUGCCGGUCAUAUAUCCGGAGAGAACUCUGAACUGAUCAAUGCUGCACUACAGGCCUUGGGAUUUUCACUUUUUCACAAAAGUAUUGCUGAUGAACUGGCAGUGACUGAUGUUGAAGACCUACUUUCUACUUUGUGUGGAACUGCUGAAAAGUCCUCUGACAAAAACACUUGCAUAAGAGCACUUUGGGUUAUUUCUAAGCAGCACUUCCAGUCAGAAAUUGUUGAAAAAAAGGUUUCAGAUAUCUUGACAACGAUAGAAAAUAUACUGAAGGGUGAUGUUCCAUCUAUGAUCAUAGAAUAUGAAGCACUGAAUGUUAUAGUACGAUUAUUGGAGCAGACUCCAGCUCAGAUGGGAGAAAAUGCAGAGAGAUGGGGUAAAAUUAUCAUUCCAUUUGUGAUUCAUUGUGCACCUAAGGUCCGUUUACGAGCUGCCACUGCUCUUGAGCUGGGAAUGCCACAUCUUUUACAAAAACAGCAGGAGUUGUCUAGUCUCACUGAACAACUAAUGAACAUGAAAUUGAUCUCUGAGCUUCAGAAAUUGUUUACUAGUAAAAAUGAGACGUAUGUCCUGAAACUGUGGCCGUUGUUCGUGAAGCUCCUUGGAAAGUCCUUGCAUCGUGGUGGAAGUUUCAUCAACUCCCUUUUGCACUUGGAAGAGCUUGGUUUCCGCAGUGGAUCACCAGUUGUCAAGAAAAUUGCAUUUCUUGCUUGGAAAAGUCUUAUUGACAAUUUUUCCUUGAAUCCAGAUAUCCUGAGCAGCUCAAAAAGAUUAAAGCUUUUGAUGCAGCCAUUAAGCUCAAUCCAUGUGAGAACAGAGGCACUAGUACUUGUAAAGGUGGAAGUUUGGUGGUAUUUAGUGAAGAGACUUGGAGCACACCUGCCUCACAACUUUGAACAGGUCUGUGUUCCAUUGCUACAAAGCACUUUAGCAACAGAUCCUUCAGGACCAGUCCCAGGUACCCCUUCUAGAACAAUGGCUAACCAAAACAUAAAUCCACCAAAUUCUGCACAGAAACCAGGUACUUUCCCAUUUGGAAGCCCAAACUCUUCCAGAAUCAGUCCAAAUUCAAAUGCAGCUACUGGGGCAUCCAUAAGCCCAGCCAUUCAACUUCUAGGCAUUGAAAUGAUCCUCCACUUUUUCUUGGGUCCUGAGGUUUCGGACUUUGCAGUGCAGCACAAAGUUAUAUUUAGUCUAGAACCUUUGCAGUGUCCCUUAAUCAACAGUGCUUCAUUUUUCACUAAGCAUGCAAGUACCUUCUUGAAUGCUGUUCGUGAUGGAUAUACUGCAGUUGGGAAAGAUGCUUCGAAUGCUGUGCUGAACCGAAUUUGGAAGGAUAUACUCACUUUUGUUAGGACUGCCAUAGAAACAGGGAACAAGAAGGACCGUCAAGGUUCUGAAGUGUUAACACUGUUACUACAGACACUGCAGCAUAUAGUCCUUUCAGAUGCACUUCCUCCUGCCACAUCUAUGGCUCUUGUGGAAGCUACAAUUAAAGGACUUCCUCAGAAAGUAUUGGGAUCAGCAGCGUACCAGGUAGCGAACAUGGACAUACUCAAUGGCACACCUGCUCUCUUCCUGAUUCAGCUGCUUUUCCAUGGUAGUCUUUUGGAGUGCUGUGUCUCAGAAGAAAGAUUUUUCCAGAAUUUGGAAACGCUGGUUGAUUAUGUGUUGUCUGGUCCUACAUCCCCACUGGCUUUUAGUGAAUCUGUUAUGAAUGUACUUAACCAAAGUGUAAAACUUCUGGACAACAAAGAACAUCUCUGGCGAAUGUGGAGCAUUAUAGCCAAUCCGUUGACUGACUGUGUGAAUCAGACCAAUGAAGUAAAUCAGGGAGAUGCUUUAGAACACAACUUCAGUGCAAUGUACAGUGCUUUAACCCUGCCAGUCUGUCAUGUGUUCCCCAUAGCAGGAUUCCCACAGCCUACCAUGAAAUCCUUGCUAAAAACAUGGUCUGAGCUGUAUAGGGCAUUUGCUCGAUGUGCCUCAUUGGUCGUUACAGCAGAAGAGAAUGUGUGCUGUGAAGAGCUGUGCACUAGAAUACUGUCCACUUUGGAGGAUGAGGUCUUAUUGAACAUUUCUACCUUGGAAGCAUCUGUUCACAUCUUAACAGUUAUGAACGACUGCAUCAACUUUGGACCAUACAGUAACAAGUUUCAGUCGAAAACCAGAACGCCACCAACUCCUACAACCAACUGGUCCAAGAAGAAGCAGGAGCCUUUGGGAAAUUUGACUGCUUUACUAAAAUUGCUGGUACGGUCUUUGAAUGCUUUCCACAUACUUGGUUCAAAGGACUCUAUAUCAGAAACACCAGUUUCUUCUAUGGUUUCUGUUGGAAGUUCCAUCUUGAGCAUUAUUCAGCAUAUCUUCAGUCAUCUGUCAUUGCCUUCUCUGAUUCACGCUGUGCUAGAUAACUUGACAACACCUUUGGCAGCAUUCUUUGAGAAGUCCUCACUUGAGAAACUAAUUGGGGAGAUCCUGCAAUGCCUGCAAUCUCACUGUGCAUCUUCUUAUGACAGUAAACUGUUAGGCCAACUUUCUCCACUGCUCUGCACUAUGUUUUUACACAAAAAUAAACAAAUCCACGCACAAGUAUGCUUGUUCUGGAAUGCAACCUUUGGCAAAACUACGACACUAGACUACCCUGAGCAGUUAAAAUCUGUAUUGAGUAAAGUUAAACAGAAAACUCCACUGUUGUGUCCUGCUUUUGAAACAGUUGAUGUACCUGAUGAAUCCAGUGGGCCGUACGUUGAUGCUGUUGAAAGUUCACAGUUGAGUACCAAGAUUAGUGGAAUGGAAGUUAAAUCUGUUGGAAAACGUGAGUCUCUUUUGUCACGAGCGGAAGAACUGAAGGAGAAAGGUACACCAACUCGUGUGGCUCCAGCAAAACUGAAGCUGGAUUUCUCAUCACCAAAAAGAGCUUGUCGUGAGCUGCUUUUAGAGGAAGAAAAAUCUGUGGAUUUUGUGUUUAUUCCACCAACACAGCCUAAGGAAAGGGUGCUUACAGAACACCAGAAAGAGGUGCUAAGGACAAAAAGAGUUGACAUUCCUACUAUGUACAAUAACUUGGAUGCAUCUCAAGAUGCAACCUUGUUUUCGCAGUACAGUCAGAGUCAGACUCCUGAAGAUGUGGAGAAACCUCUUUCUGAAACGCAGGAAUCUGCUAAAAAGGUGCAUGAAGAUUGCAAAGGUUUAGAUACUGCAAAUAAUGCAGAAAUGACUACAGAAGUAAGCAAUGAGGAUGAGUUAAUUGAACAUCCAGCAAAGAUACAGACUGCGGAUAAAACCACUAAUCCAGAUCAAGACCCUGAUGACAUGCUAACUGGUAAUGCACGAAAAGAAGACUCUCUUUCUGACUCUGCUUUGGCUAGUAGUGAAUCUACAUUUCAAGAUGUUGCAGAUCUAAGCAGCAGCUCUGCUUCAUCAGAUAUAAUAUCGGGAACACCCCAAAAGCCAGUGAGCAGACGUCAGUCUUUUAUCACCCUUGAGAAGUUUGAUGGUGCCGAGAACCGUUCCUUCAGUCCUUCAGCUCUGAACAAGCUGGGCAGUUGUGCUUCCAAAAAUGUUCGUAAUAAAGAGACAAAAGUGGAAAAUUGCCAAACAAAUGAGUUAUGUAAAUCUGAGAAGAAUUUGAACUCUUCUCGAAGUGAGCGUAAAGGUCCUUCAGUUUCUGGGAGAAAGAAGUCCACUCAGAGGCAAAAAAGAAUUGAGCAAACCAUCAGUAAGCCAUCAGAACCUGAAGGGCAUUCAGAACUCGAGAACAAUUGUGAGGAGCCUAUGGAUACUUCUGAAGCUGUGGAUAAUAACUUUGACAGUGUUAAAAAAAAGAGUGAGCCGAAUGAAUCAGUUUUUAUCCCAGAUACAGAAAUGAGCAUCGCAGAACCUGUCGUGGGUGUUAAGUCAUUGGCAGACAAUGUAGCCGCAAUAGAAUCAAAAGAGAAUACUCCUCCUGAGGUACAAUGUGACACUGCUGGUCCUGGAGAUGUCAAAGCUUUACAAGUCUCAACUAAUCAGAAAACACUAAGACGUUCUUCACGAAAACGUUCAGAGGUUACAGCAGUGAUGGCAGACUCUCAGGAUAAAGAGGAGGUUGUUGAACUGAAAGAAGAUGUUAAAGAAAACUACCCCAGAGUGCUAAAAUCAGGUCAAGAUCUUGGAGAAGAUCAAAAAAUACUGAAUGAAAAAAUAGUUGAAGAGCAAACAGAAGUCAGUGAUGGGAAAGACAUGGCAGAAAAGACUGCUGAUAAAAUUCCAGAAAAGGCUUCCCAAAAUGAAGUAACAAAGGGCACUUUGAAUCAGCCCGAUGAAGAUUGCUUCAUAGUUGAGGAAGCAUCAGAUUCCAAUACUGACAAGGGUAGCCAAGAAGCUGUAAGAGGUCGCUCAAGAUACCAGACUCGCAGGGCAUCCCAAGGUUUGUUGUCUAGUAUAGAAAAUUCUGAGUCGGAUAAUUCUGAAACUAGAGAAGAGGGUCAGCGGAGGAAGCGAGCUACAAAAAGGACUGCUAAAACAGCUGAGCCUCCUGAUAAUAAAGAAGUAGAUCAAGCUGAAGGUAAUACUAAAGAGUCUUCACCACUGACUGAAAGUACAGAUUAUACAAAUGAAAGCAAACCACCACCGGGUGAUUUAAAAUGUGUAGUGAACUUAUCAGGUCCUGAUAACGAAAACAGUGGCACUGUUGAUGAUUCUUUAGGAAGUUUGACUGCAUUAAAAACAGCUGAGCAGGACAGUGUCAUGAUACAUGAACCUGAUACUGCUGCAGAAAGAAUAUUUGUGGCUUCUGAAGGUGCAGAAACAGAUUUAAAAACUUGCCAGCUAAGCAAAACGAGCAAAACUUGUAGUUCUAAUAGUACCAUGGAUGUGAUUGACCUCAAACCUAGUUCAGUCACAGAGCCUAAAGUCGAAGACACGUCAUCUGUGUCUGAUGUUUCUUCCUCCUCCGAGAAUAACUUGCAAGUAUCUGAAUGCCGACAUAAAAGGAGUAGAAGGAUUAGGAAGUCAAAGAACUGUGAUUGCUGCACAGUGUUGCAGCAAGAAAAGACGAACGAGAAGCCUUACACAGAACUGAAAGCAAUGUGCAAACCUUCAGUAAGGGAAUCGAAAAAAAAUGUGCCUCAGAUUAGUACAGUAGUGACUUCAGAAUAUCAUUCAGAGGAAAAUAUCUUAGAACCCUGCGCUGUCAGUACACCACUCUCUUCUAGUAAAGAACUGCUUAGUUUUAAACCCUCUGCAAAUGAACUAGAAUCUUCAGGUGUCUUUGAAGAUAGAACUCUUUCUGUGAAAGAAUUUUCAGUGAGUAAGCUAGAAACUAAAGAAACUUUAGCAACUGAGGUGCAUCCUGUGGAAGAAAAUGACGCCGAACAGACUGAUGUCAUGGAGACUGCACUUCCAUUCCUGGAAGAAAACAAAGCUGAACAUAUAACAGUUGCAGACAUUCUGCAGCCUGUUGAAGAAAAUUGCAACAGAGUUGAACAUACAGUAAUUAAGGAGAGAGUGCAGCACCCUGUGGAGGAAAACUGCAGUGCAGAUGUCCGUGCAGUUGACGAACUUGUAGAAAAAUAUAUUGAACCUUCUAAUGCAGUGGUAGAAAACGAACAGUUUGCUGCCACUGAUCUUCCAAAGCUGAGCCAUUCCAGCUGUAAUGAAGGUACCGAUAUUAAUGCAUCAGUUAAAAAUACUGAAGACACAGACAGUGCAAAAGUAGAUCAAAAUGUAGAAGAGUUGUGUCAAGCUACCCAGAUUGAGGAGAGUUGCUUAACUAGUGAUAGAACGAUAAAGGAACAAGAAACAUCUACAGAAAAUGGCACUAUGCCCAGUAAGUCAGAGUUAUUAAUUUCGUCUGAUUUGCCCCAUGAAACUGUUAAUGUAGAGUCUCCACAAAAACUGAAAGGUGUGGACUCUGCAACUUUGGUUGUAGAUAACCAGAGUCCUAGUGGAUUACAGCCUCGCUGCGUUUGGUCUCCUUCGGCGUCACCAUCUACAGGUAUAUUGAAGAAAGGUGUGAAAAGGUCUUCUGAAAAUGAUUCUCCAUCACCUGUCAACAAGAUCCGCAGAGUAUCCUUUGCAAAUCCUAUUUACCAAGAAGGUUUAGCAGAUGACAUUGACAGGCGGAGCCCAGUUGUCAGAUCUUCUUCUACAAACACUUCUCCUGCAUCUAAAGGGCUUAAAGCUUUGGCAAAUACACAGACAAAGCUAAUCACAACUCCAACAAAAGGCUUCCUGUCUCCAGGCUCACGCAGCCCCGGAAUAAAGAGCUCCAAAAAGUGUUUGAUAACUGAAAUGAGUAAACAACCAUUGUCCCCAAAGGAUAGUGUGUAUCCUGCUCUAGUGGGCUGUGCUGCACCUGUUGACUUGAUUUUGCCGCAGAUUACAUCAAACAUGUGGGCUCGUGGUCUAGGUCAGCUUGUGAGAGCCAAGAACAUAAAGACAGUAGGAGACCUAAGUGCUUUGUCAGCAGGAGACAUUAAAACACUACCAAUCCGUUCACCAAAGGUCUUGACAGUAAAAAUGGCACUCAAGCAGUACCAUGAGCAGCAGAAAAAGUCUCAAGGUCUUGAAGAAAUCGCAGCACUUGAAGAGAAUGAAAAACAAGUGGAUGCUGUCGAUAAGUCCUCUGAGAACUUGGAUGAAGAAAAGCUUGCAACAGAUUUAUCUGAGGCUGACCCUGCUGAACAAACAUCUGUUGACCUCCUUGCAGAAAUGAGCGCAUUUAGCAUGCGGCUGACCCCAGAAGAGCUCAGCAAAUACUCUGGUAGUCAACUUUUUGCAAUGCAAGAUAAGCUUAGCAGCAUGAUGAACAGUAUAAUGGGGACGCUGCAGUCUCGGUGGUGCUCUCCGCCUCAUGAUGGCUCUGUGUAGUUAAUUGCGUAACUUAAGGCAAAACCUGGAGUGAAAUUUUCUAAACUACAAUUUUAUGAAUGUAAAGCACUGAAUCCUUUAUUUAUGAGUAUAUGACUUUUUUUAAUUCACUCCUGCAGUUUUAAAAGUUGGAAAUAGAUGCAAGUAAGAAUUUGAAACUGACUGGAUUGCCGAAGAGACAUUUUAACAAUCUGAGCUGCGGUUAACCACUGUUUUGAGUCUGCCAUGUAAAAAACAUAGACCACUGAAUUCAUUAUCACAUUGAUAAUGUGGCAGUGUGUUAACUCAAAGCAGCUGUAGGAACUGGAAGCAUGGAACUGCAGUUGUUUUUUUUUUAAAGUCUGAUUCCCAGAGUUCUUAUUUUCCCAAAUUUUAUAUUGUGUCUUGAGUUGCGUGUUUUUUUACAGACAUCAGGAUCCACUUUGAUAACAUUAAACAAGAGAUGGUCUGUUUUUUGUUUUACUAAUUUUAUCUUAAACAUAUAUACUACAACAUGGUGUAAAACUGAGUACAGAAAGUUCUUUCACUUAUUUUCUUAGUUCCUGAUAGCCAAGGUUAUGUAUUUUAUAAGUAAAAUGUUGACUUGUAUUCUUCAAACACAGGUAAACAGCCGUGAAAUAUCUUUAGCAGAAAUUGCGUCUGGCUUACAGUAUUGUGGUGCACUAAACUAAUCUCAUUUUAUGCAUGUAUUUUCAUUCAAUCCAAGUAAUAAGUCUGUGCUUGUUGUCAUCUUUUCUGAAUUUUGUUGUUGUCACUGUGAAUGUGUAUUUGCACACAUCCUUCAUAUACUUUACCAAAAUGAACUAGUUUACUGCCUUUUUGAAAUAUGAUGCAGAGGAACUCUGUGCUGGCUAGAUGCAGAUCUUAGUAAUGCAGCUUGGAACUUCAAGACAUGAAUCAGGUUCUUCCAGCAUUUUACCACCCAUCUAGUAUUAUAUAAAUAAUGCUGAGGUUUUAGAAUUUCAGCAUGGCUAUGGUUCCUUUGGAACUAGCAGUAAUGGCCAAAGAACAUUGCUGAAUAGUAGUAUCUUCGUAGUUUGUGGGAUCUACAAGGCUGCUGUGUGAUCAGUGAACUUAGAAAUGCCCUUUAAUAGGGUGAAAUAGAUCACUGCGUCACUAUGCCGUUUAAAAGAAAUAACCUAUGAUCCCCAUAAACAAAGCCCGUUUCAUAGUAUUUCCCUUGUAUUUAGCUUUCCCUAUUGAACUUACAGGUGUAGCGUAAAUUUUUCCUUAUGAUGUACAUUUUGUUAAUAGUCUCCAGUGAUAUUGUGAUAUUAAAAGAUAAGUGAAAGCACAGUUAUUUUUCUGUUGUAGCACUAGUUAUAUCCAGAACAAGAAUUUGCUUGAUUCUGUCAGGUUGAUGUACAGUUCCUUAUUAAUGUGUGGACUUUCAGAAGCCCUGAUUACAGUAAUGAUAGAUUUGUGGGAAUUCUGCUACUACAGAGUGACAUUUUCACUUGUGUAUAUUAUGUACAGAUUUUUUUUUUAUUGUGAAUGUUCAUGUUAAUAAAUUAUGGUAAUAGCGUUGAAUGUGGGUGUAUUUCAUUAAUCCAUGUCUUUCUGCAGCAAAGCAUCAUUGGUUGGAUGUGCUGGAAGGUGUGUUGUAAAUAUUUUACAAAAACCAGGAAAAAGAAUCUUUUAGUGAUUGUGAAUGCUGCAACAUUUCUAGUAUUGAAAUAACUAUGUGUAAAUAAAAUAUACAAACCCAA